AUGAAGAACAAGGAGCUUGUCGACGACAGGUAUUACAACCUCAAGCCAGAUGAAAGUGCAUUUUUCAAGGCCCAAACUGGAAUCGCCAACGACGACGAGCUGAAGAAGCAUAUCGUCGCCAUACAGAAGAAGGCGUACAAGGUCUUCCCGUACUCGUGCAUUCUUCGCUUCGCUUUCACUCAGCUGAAGAUAUCGUCUAUGACGCCCAUUGCAUAUGAGCAUGUCCUUAGGCUCGGCAGAGAGCGUCCCGGUGCCAUUUUAGUUGACGCCGGUUGCUGUUUCGGCAACGACGCGCGAAAGUCCGUAUCUGAUGGAUUUCCUGCAGAGAACGUGGUAGCCUUCGAUCUACACCCAGAGUUCUGGGACCUCGGCCAUGAGCUCUUCAAAUCCACUCCUCAGUCGUUCCCGGCCCAAUUUAUCCCGGGAAACAUCUUCGACGACGCCAUGCUCUCCUUGCCCGACAGCUCCUCGCCCUCUCAGCGCCCAGAGGACCUCUCGUCGCUCACCAGCCUAAACCCCCUGCGCGGUCACGUCUCCGCGAUCCACGCAUCCGCCUUCUUCCACCUCUUCUCCAAGGACGCACAGGCCGACCUCGCCGCGCGCCUCGCGGGCCUGCUCUCCCCCAAGCCGGGCUCCAUCAUCUUCGGCACGCACACCGGUCAAUUCGAGGCGUCAUUCCAGCCAUACGGCCCGCCCGGGCCAGGGCAGGUGCAGAUCUUCUGCCACUCGCCCGAGACAUGGAAGGAGCUAUGGGACGGAGUCGUCUUCCCCAAGGGCACGGUGGAGGUUAAAGCGGAGCUCGAAGACGCGACUGCGUACAUACGUCCAGACUUGGCGAAGGAGCAUACCGACUCGGGGGGAAAGGGGUGGUGGUGGCUUAAGUGGUCUGUUGUCAGGCUGUAG